AUGGGGAACUGCAUCGGUGCUCCUGUGAAAUUUUCGAGCCCAACAAACAGCUGGUGUCCCAGUCCAGGAUGCGGGACGUCGAAGACUACCAGCAGCACCACCACCACACCAAACCUAUCAAGCAUCAGCAACAGCACCUUCAGGCAGUCCAUGGGCAGUGGCGUGAGCAUGGAUGAGGUGUACCAGGAGGGCCGCAUCCUGGAGGUGCCAAACCUCCGGGUCUUUACAUUUGCUGAAUUGAAGAGUGCCACCAGGAACUUCAAGCCAUACACCAUCCUCGGCGAAGGAGGUUUUGGGAGAGUGUACAAAGGAUGGUUCGAUGAGAAGACUCUGAAUCCUUCCAAGAGUAUGGCCGGGAUGGUGGUCGCUGUUAAGAAACUAAAUCCUGAGAGCAUGCAAGGGUUGGAGCAAUGGCUGGUGAUUGCUUAA